UUGCGGUAUCGACGAUCGAGCAAGGAGAAGACGAGGAAGCGCAUCACUGUUCUGAGAGCUGAGGAACAUGUCUGCUGAAUCGCCCACUUCUGUUCGUAAAGUGGUUGUUCAUCUUAGAGCCACCGGUGAUGCCCCUAUUCUCAAGCAAUCCAAGUUCAAGAUAGCAGGAACUGAUAAGUUUGCUAAAGUGAUAGACUUUCUUCGCCGGCAGCUUCAUAGGGAGACAUUGUUUGUAUAUGUCAAUAGUGCCUUUUCACCAAACCCUGAUGAAUUGGUCAUUGAUUUAUUUAAUAAUUUUGGUUUUGAUGGCAAACUGGUGGUCAACUACGCUUGCUCUAUGGCAUGGGGCUAACCCUGAAUGAUGAUUGCUGAUUACAAAAGCUCCAUAUUGUGAAUACAUAUUGUUCUCUUUAAGAAACUCGGGACUUGCAUAUAUUCACAGUACACGAUUUCCUUUUCAACUUGAAGAUUCUAACAAAGAUGGAAGUGUACAAAACCAACAUAGGACUCUCCACAAUUUAUUGGUUUUAUUUGUUUUUCUUUUGGAGGGGGGUAUUUAGACAUUAAAAACAAAUUGGAGUCACCCAUUUAAAACUAUUCAUGUGAUAGUUAUGGAUGCUUAUGGUUUAGAGUCUUGUACUGCUUAUUAAAAGGCCAAUUUGUAUCAUAUUGAUGUAUAUUACUUCAAUAGUUAUACUUUCGCAGCUUGCCAUCUGUUCAUUACAUGGUCAGAGCCAGAGGCGUUCCAUAAUA